UUCAUUAAAAGCCAUUGGCUAAGAGCGUUUGAUGGAGGAGCCAAAUGUCCCAUGUUAAUGCCAAAUAUGAUUCCCAUUCACUUAUGGGCAAAAGGGGUUAGCAGAAGUAGGUAAGCUAUAGCUGCUCAAACAGUGAAUACAGAAUGCUUCCAUUUCUGCUUGUGUUCAGGGUAAUGUCAAAAUGGUGAGGCAGAAUUCAAUUUACAGCAGAGAAGAUGGUAACUGAAAGGAACCCAUCCCUUCCAAAUUAACUAAACCUAGCUCCCCUCAUCUACCUUAAUACAAAAAACAACACAACAAAGUGAGCCACCAAACUCAUGGUGUUUUUCAGGUGUUGAAUACUCAACUUUUGAAAGGAACAUCUAAUCUUUCAAAUCAAAUGUGGAGACUGUGGGAUAACCAAAAAAAGUCUUUGCCAGUUCCUCAGACUUCAUCUUCUUUCUCCCUCUCUUCUUUCAAAGAUAUCCAACGCCUUUGCACGGAGGAUUCUUCUUCUACUUCCCCUCUCUCCGCCGCCAAUGUCUUCCACCGCGUGCGACUCGCUAACUCCCUCCGCCGUUCUUGGGCUCCCGUCCCAAAUGGGAAAAUCCCGGAUUCGAUUUCGGGUCGCCCCAACUCUAUCCCGGGCUCCGACAAGCGGAUUGUGGUAUAUUCCACGAGCCUUCGUGUGGUUCGGUCGACAUUCGAGAAUUGUAAGACCGUCCUUUCGAUCCUCCAAGGAUUCCGAGUCUCGAUCAACGAAAGAGAUGUGUCGAUGGACUCUAGUUUCUUAAAGGAAUUGCGAGGAAUAGUGGGUCAAAGCAAGCUGAGUUUGCCGCGGGUUUUCAUUGGGGGCAGAUACAUGGGCGGUGCAGAGGAGAUCAAAGAGCUGCACGAGACGGGCGAGCUCAAGAAGUUGGUGGAAGGAUUGCCCGCUGCUGACCCUGACACUUGCGACAAUUGCGGCUGUUAUAGGUUCGUCUUGUGCAACGAAUGCGACGGUAGCCGUAAAAUGUACACCCAAAAAUCUGGGUUCAAGACUUGUACGACCUGCAAUGAAAAUGGGCUAAUCAAGUGCCCUUCUUGCUCUCCUCUACCCCUAUAAAAAUUUAACACUUUCUUUUACUGUAGGCAACGUAGUUUAAUUUUGCAGUUUUACACUGUAGU